AUGUCGUUCAACAAGAUUGUCAAGACCUCUGCCUACCACUCUCGGUUCCAGACCCCCUUCCGUCGACGACGAGAAGGUAAGACCGACUACUAUGCUCGAAAGCGACUCGUGACCCAGCACAAGGCCAAGUACAACACCCCCAAGUACCGACUUGUUGUGCGAUUCACCAACAAGGACAUCAUCGCCCAGAUUGUCUCUUCCCAGCUCAAGGGUGACAUUGUUUUCACUGCCGCCUACGCUCACGAGCUUCCCCGAUACGGUGUCAAGCACGGUCUUACCAACUGGGCCGCUGCCUACGCCGUCGGUCUUCUUGUUGCUCGACGAGCUCUCAAGAAGCUCGGCCUCGACGAGACCUACAAGGGAGUUGAGGAGGUUGAGGGUGAGUUUGAGCUCACCGAGGCCGUUGAGGACGGUCCUCGACCCUUCAAGGUCUUCCUUGAUGUCGGUAUGACCCGAACCACCACCGGUGCCAAGUGCUUCGGUGUUCUCAAGGGUGCUUCCGAUGGUGGACUUUACGUCCCCCACUCCGCUUCUCGAUUCCCCGGUUGGGAUAUCGAGUCCGAGGAGCUCGACUCCGAGACCCUGCGAAAGUACAUCUUCGCUGGCCACGUUUCCGAGUACAUGGAGGAGCUUGCCGAUGAUGAUGAGGAGCGAUUCCGACAGAUCUUCCAGUCUUACCUCGACGACGAGGUUGACGCUGACUCCGUCGAGGAGAUCCUCCAGGCUGCCCACGAGCAGAUCCGAGCUGACCCCGACCACAAGCCUACCGCCAAGAAGACCAAGGCCGAGUACGCUGCUGAGUCCAAGAAGUACAAGCAGAAGAAGCUCACCAAGGCCGAGCGAGACGCCCGUGUCCAGGCCAAGAUCCAGGAGAUCCGUGCUCAGCAGUAA